AUGCCGGUGCGAAGAGGACACGUCGCGCCGCAAAACACUUUCCUCGACACCAUCAUCAGGAAAUUCGAAAGUCAGAGUAGAAAGUUCAUCAUAGCCAAUGCGCGGGUGGAGAACUGCGCCAUCAUCUUCUGUAACGAUGGCUUCUGUCACAUGUGCGGCUACACCCGGGCGGAGAUCAUGCAAAAGCCCUGCACCUGUAACUUUCUGUACGGCCCACACACCAAGCGGCUGGCCAUCGCGCAGAUGGCGCAGGCGCUGCUGGGCUCCGAGGAGAGGAAGGUGGAGAUUGCACUCUACAGGAAGGACGGUGUGUGUUUCCUGUGUUUGGUGGACGUGGUUCCUGUAAAGAAUGAAGAUGGCGUGGUGAUCAUGUUUAUUCUGAACUUCGAGGUCAUGCCUGACGAUAAGCUACACGACCCCCAGGAUCUCAAUCACAAGCUGCCUCUGCUGUGGCGCCAUUCAAAUCGAGCUCGUGGCAUCCGCUUACGCCUCCCGCUUCUGAACUCCAGAAAUAACAGUAAAUCUUCUCUGCGGGAGGAUCCUGAAGCGGGACGAGGGGCCAGUUUCCCUAGCAGCUCUCGUCCACAGAGCCACGAGUCUCUAGCGUUGGGUGAACUUCUGUCUCUGCCUGAACACCACGCCACUGCAGCCCCGCCAUCAUCACUGCUGCCCGAAGACCAGCGCAACCUGCUGGGCAGCGCCGCCGCCUCCCCUCCACCAGCCCCUCCGCACCCCUGCACGCUGCCUCUGGGUCAUUCGUCCCCACGCCCACAGCGCCUCAAUCCGGAGGCCUCCGUCUCCAACUGCAGCCUGACCAACAGCCGCUCGCGGGAGAGCUUUCACAGCAUGCGCCGCGCGUCUUCAGUGGACGAUAUCGAGGCCAUGAGGCCCGAGUGGGAGAGGAAACACCGCACCCGACCCACCAGCUGCAGCACGGGAGCCAUGAACAACAAGUCCAACAUCCUGAACUCUACCUCUGAUUCGGAUCUGAUGCGUUACCGCGCCAUCAGCAAGAUCCCGCAGAUCACACUCAACUUUGUGGACUUUAAACCGGACCCUCUCAUCGCCCUGCCGGCUGGAGAAAUGGACAUCAUCGCGCCCUGCAAACUGAUCGACCGCACACACAACGUCACGGAGAAGGUCACACAGCUAGAGAAGCAUCACCAUGAGAUUGUGGCGUCCCAGAUGAAAGGCGCUUUUGCUCAAGGACAGUUUUUAAAGGAAGCUGCUGAUGUUGGUCUGAUGCAAUGA